AUGAUUAACUACAAGCUGACGUACUUUGAUGGACGUGGGCCUGCUGAGAUUAUUCGUCAGGAGAAGAUUGUGACUGUGGCAGGAGAAGAUUGUGAAGACGUGCGGGUUACGUUUGGCGACUGGCCGAAGCUCAAGGAAGAUAUGCCGUUUGGUCAACUCCCGGUACUGGACAUUGAUGGAAAGCAGCUGUGUCAGUCAUUCGCCAUUGUUCGCUAUUUGGCCAAACAAUUCGGUAGGACAAUAAAUCUUUCGAGGGACUAG